AUGAAGGCCGUGGUUUUCCUCCACACUUUUUUCUGUUGGAGUUUUUUGCUUUUAGACCAAGUGACAGCGAAGAAUUCCGAAGACAUCCGUUGCAAAUGUAUCUGUCCGCCAUACAGAGAUAUCCAGGGACAGAUUUACAAGCAGAACGUGUCCCUCAAAGACUGUAACUGUCUGCAUGUUGUGGAACCAAUGCCAGUGGAUGGAAAUGACGUGGAGGCUUACUGUUUACGUUGUGAGUGUAAAUAUGAGGAGAGAAGCUCAGGCACUAUUAAGGUCACCAUCAUAAUUUACCUGUCCAUUUUGGGCCUGCUGCUUCUUUACAUGGUCUACCUGACGCUAUUGGAGCCCAUCUUAAAGAGACGCCUGUUUGGACACUCGCAACUCAUCCAAAGUGACGAUGAUGUCGGGGACCAGCAACCUUUUGCGAACGCUCACAACGUCCUGUCGCGCUCACACUCGCGUCCCAACAUGCUGAACAAAGUGGAGCACGCCCAGCAGCGCUGGCGGAGGCAGGUCCAGGAACAGAGAAAGUCUGUGUUCGACCGCCAUGUUGUCCUCAGUUAA